UCCCUCGCGGCCACCGAGUCGCGCUCUCGGUGACUGGCGGGGGCUGACGCGGUCGGCGAGUCCCCCGACUCCGGAGGGCCUCGGCCAGCGGCGGGGCGGGAGGCAGAGGAUGGAAGUGAGCAUACCGGCCACCAACCUGUGUCCCCACAGCAGCCCUGUGGCGGCGGCGGCGACGAUGGAGCGGGACCCCGUGGGCCGUGUGGAAGGAGGAGAAGCAGGCGCAGCCUCGGGAGCUGCGGCCGCCGCGGCGUUCCGGGAGUCGGCGCAGCGGAUGAGUAAUGACAGAGGCUUUGAAAAUGUUGAACUGGGUAUCAUUGGGAAAAAGAAGAAGGUCCCGAGGCGAGUCAUCCACUUUGUUAGUGGAGAGACAAUGGAAGAAUACAGCACAGAUGAAGAUGAAGCUGAUGGCCUGGAGAAGAAAGAUGUCUUGCCUACCAUUGAUCCAACAAAACUUACCUGGGGCCCGUACUUAUGGUUUUACAUGCUUCGGGCAGCCACAUCAACUCUCUCAGUGUGUGACUUUCUUGGAGAGAAGAUUGCAUCUGUUUUGGGCAUCAGCACCCCAAAAUACCAAUAUGCCAUUGAUGAGUAUUACCGGAUGAAGAAGGAGGAAGAAGAAGAAGAAGAAGAAAACAAGAUGUCUGAAGAAGCAGAAAGACAAUACCAGCAAAAUAAGCUGCAGGCUGACUCCAUUAUUCAGACAGAUCAACCAGAAACAGCUGUAUCCAGUUCAUUUGUGAAUCUCAAUUUUGAAAUGGAGGAAGACUGUGAAGUAAUUACGGAAAGAAAACAAAAUCCAAUUUCUGUUCCACCAUAGAAAGUGACCAUCACACUUUAAAAAACCCUAAGGUUUUAUGUGUUUCUUUGUAUCAGGAACUUUCACAUUCUUUAUUAAAUGGGACUUAAUACAAUUAUUUAUAUUUUAAAUUAUCUGAAAAGAGAAAAUGUUUCUUUAUUCUUAGGCUCUAUCAAGCAAAACUCACAUGUGAAAUCAGAAUAUUCGUACAAUGUUUUUGCCUUGUGUGGAAUUAGUGCUCUGGUUUUAAAGUGAUCUUUAAAACAAAUUCUAGGGACAUUCUGGAGCCCUAACCUCCAAUUAUGGGUAAUUGUCAAGUUUGUUAUUUGUGCACUUUAACAAGAUUAAAUAAAAGGUAGAUAUCAGAUGAAGGCCAAGUGAGCUGAGAAUACUACACUCUCAGAAUAAAAUUAAGAUUUCCUUCUAGAUUUUAUCAAGUUAUGCUUUGCAUUUGUAUAUGUUAAUUUUGCUCUGAGGACGGCUUACUGAGUUUAUAAUAAAAGGAACGAGAUGGAACAAUUUGAAUUUUUUUUCACUAAAUUAUCUUUUAUGGAAAAGUUUUCAGUAUGAGUUUCCAUUUUUUAAAAUUUAAGUUACUUAAUCUUGUAUUUUUUUUUUCAGUAAUUCAAAUACUAGCCUUGACUAUGCUAAAAGAAAAAACCAACACUAGCUGUGGAACGAAUUGAUUAAUGUAUUUGUAUUCACGUAGUAAUACCUUGUGAUUAUCCACACGGCAGCCCUUCUGGUGUCACUCAGCCUUUAACGCCUCCUGUCUAGAAGGUGAUAGGGAGGAGACUGGGGAGCAGAUGUAGCUUUAAACCAUCAAGAGCUUUUAAAUACUGUAUAAAGUGCAAGUCAGUUACCUGUCAUUUACCAUUCUGAAGUAGCAAAGAUAAGAGAGAAUUUACUGGAACCACAUUGGCCAUUUCUCAAUCUGUUGGGUUAUUUGCAAACUCUACAAAGCUAUAUAACAUGAAGCUAAUUCUGAAAAUACUCCUAGGUAUACGUGUAGAACUUUAUGACUUUGGUUUAUAACUGUGUAAAGAGAAAUGUAUAGAAUGCUUUAGAAAUAUUGAUCUUAAAAGGCUUUUCACAAACUUGAUAUUUUACAAAUGACUUUUUGUCAGUAGCCUUUGAAACAUUUAAGCAUAUAUUUAAACAUUUGAAUAUAUUUGCAACUCACAAUAUAGGUACAGUGGACGUAUUUAUGGAAAUUUAUUGUCAGUGAGCUUAAGAUGAAACAUGUUCUUCAACUAAGUUCACUGGCUAAAAUUUAAAGAAUUUAGGAAGGACAAUUAAACUCAACGAGUCUUCAGUCACAAUGAUUCAUUGUUGUGAUUAGUAUGUGAUUAGUGUACUGUUUUUAAUCAUGGGUAUAAAUUACAUAACUUAAUUCUAAAAGGGAUAAAGCUUCAGUGGUCACCAUGUAGUUUAUCAAUGGCUUUGACACAUGCUAGCCUGACCUUUUCCUUCCAUUCUGUUUUAAAUUUCAUAUAGCACCUCCAAGUCAUAUUUAUUUGGUUAUCAAGUGAAGGCAAGUAUGCCUAAAGAUGAUCUUCUGACUCUUGCAUAGAAGCACUAGUACUUAAAAGUUAAUCUAGGAACUUGACUGUGGUAGAAGGAAGCUAGUGAUUUACAGAGGCAUUAUGUUUCUUGAAUUUCGCUUUCACUAAUAGCUCAACAGCAGCCAGUUUGUAAGGUUUAUAGUUAUUCACUGUGCCUUAAAUUUUUAUACUUUUUUGUUUAUGCAAACUAUAUUUCCCAUAAGUGCAUUAAAUGGUUUGUCUUAUUUUAA